UAUUUUACUAGCGCUAAAGCUCCUACCUAUUCUACACCCCCUAUGUCUUUUUAUAAUAUUAAACUAGAGUUAAGCUUAACAGGGUCUUCUUUCCCUACUAAUUUAGCUAAGCCUGUUCCCUUGGCUGUAGUUUCGCUAGAUAGUAGAUAG